UUCUCCCCAGGCUGUUUAGUGAAGUGGACGCAGCACUGGAUGUUUAGAGCUGCUCCCUUUUUAAAAAGAAAGAAAACACCACACAGCCAUGGAGUGCUUGAAAAACUGCUGCAAGAACCUUCUGAGAAGGAAGGUGAAGGAUCAAGAGAUCCAAGUGAUCACACUGAAGAUGCCUCCUAAAGAGGCAGAGGAAAGACAGGGGGUCACGGAUGAUUACCUCCUCUCCAAGCUGCCUCCCGAUGGCAGGGAAGUGCCGUUCGUCCUGCCGACCUUUAAGGCCUCCUACAUCCAACCCAAAGUCCCAGAGUACAACAGCGCACAGUCCGGGCUGCAGAGUUCAGCCCGGUGCACGUACGCAGCGAGGAAGGCAGAGCUGCUGGGCUCCAAUCAGUUCAUCUACAGCCCCGAGUCCAGCUUCCAUCGGGGUCAGGUGGCGGAGUACUUCUCGCCCGGCUCGACCCGCCGAGACACGCUGAUGAGCAGGACGUCCGGUCCUCACAGCUCAGGCUGGACUCUGAAGCAGGGCGACCAGCAGCGGCUGAGCAGCUCCAUGUUUGACCUGUCCAGUCCUCACAGUCACAAGCAGCGCCUCGACUCCACGUCCAGCGCCCUCAGCAGCACUUCCUCCUCCAUGAUGGACUCCAUAGACAGCAGCCUGGAUUCCAUCACGCUGUCCGGAGACGAGCGCGAGCUGGGGAAAGUGUGCGUCCGGCUGAGCUACCAGGAGGCUCUGGAGCAGGUGUGGAUCACGCUGGUCGAGUGCUCGGACCUCAGCCUCCAUGUGGAUGUGGUGGAGCAGCAGAGGAUCGGCUUCAAGGCCAUCAUCACCAUCCCCAAACCCAUCCAGUUCAAGAGCACCAUCAAGGAGUACAGACAGGACGUGUCCUUCAUGGAGACCUUUGUGUUCGCGCUGCGUCUCCAUCAGCUGCGCUGCAGCGCCCUGGUGCUGCGGCUGCAGACGCACCAGCCCAAGAAGCGCACGGUGGCGGAGUGCGUCCUCUCGCUGCGGCAGCUCGAUACCCGGGAGACGGAGCACUGGCUCCACCUGAACCCCCUGUCCAAGUCCCCGGUGUGCCACUCUGAGCUGCACCUCACCACCUGCUUUCAGCCGGUCAACGGACGCAUCCAGCUCCAGGUCCUCGCCGCUCAGAACCUCCCAGCAUCCUCCUCGCCUCUCACCCAAGCGUUUUUCGUCAAGGUGGAGAUGCUCCAGCUGGGGAAGGUGGUGAUGAAGAAGAAGACUCGGGUGCUGAAGGCCUCGGGGGGGCAGUGUCAGUGGGCCGAGACCCUUCACUUCCUCCUGGCCUCCUUAGACCACGCCUACUCGCUGGUGGUCAAACUCUACAGCCGCAGCUCGGUCAGGAGGAAGCAGUGUCUCGGACAGGUUCAGCUGGGGUUCGACAGCUCCGUCUCAGGCGCAGUGGAGCAGUGGAAAGACACGAUGGCUCACCCCGAGAAGGUGGUGGCGGCGUGGCACCGGCUGAGCUCGUCCUAAACCUGCCGGCCUGACCUCCUCCCAGCGAGCUGUGAAUCCUGAAACUCUGUGACCUGCGGAAGGUGCUGUGCAAACGCUUUUCAGACACUCCGCAUGCGCACAGAUCAGGUGGAAGUUUAGCUGCUGGAAAAGGGUUAUUAGAUUCCAGAAUCAAUACGGAAGUGUUGGCUGUAUUUAUUGAUGUUUUCUGUAAGUGUCGUCCUCUGUAGUAAAAACUUUGAUACAGUUUCGGAAACUGUGGAAAUAAGGUACAUCAGACCUGAAAUAGUCUCCAUAAUUUCACUCAUUGAGGUUUUUUCAUACUACUGCAUUUAUUCAUUCCAAUUCAGAAUUCUUUUGCAUUUCUUUUUUUUUUUUAGAAAUACAGUAGAGAAGUUAGCUUCUAUUACAUACAGCUCAUAUACAUUAUGUAAGAUAUAUCCAUUACAUAAGAUAAGCAGCAGUUUACAUAAAUGAGCAGCAGUUUCCUGGGAGAAAGUCUUCAAAGUGUUUGAACACCCCCUGAGUCACCGGGGCCAUAAAUCCUGCAGGAGCUGUGAGGGAGGCGUGUUCCCACUGAAGAUGUAAAUCUAUUCAAGGACACUGCAAAUAUUUAGAAAUGGCAAGGGGGACUCCUCCAAGUAUUCAGCAUCAGAACGUAAAGGUACGGUUUUUAUAUUUCACUGCCUUCUUUCUUCUUGGCUCGUUCACACGGCAGCAGUGGCUUGUGGGAACGUCUAAACGGUUUGUUCAACCCUCAGAUGACCUGUUUUGGAGAGAGAUACUGCAAAUGGGAACAGAGGAGUCAGUUUUUGUUGGAUAAGGGUGUCAAACAUAAGGCCCGAGGGCCAAAACCGGCCCGCAGGAGGCUGCAAACUGACCUGCCCAACUGUAAAGUGCUGGUCGACCCGCUUGAGCUGAAUGUGACCCCGGAGCUGUGAUGUGUUUGACACCCCUUAUCGUCAAUAUGGCUACAGAGGAAAUAAAAUAACUUAUUAUAUACUUGAUUCUACUUUUAACCUGCUAGUGCAGUUUACCUUGAUAGGAUGUCGUGUGACUGGAUGGUUCAGUAGUAAAUGUAUUUUUAGGGAUUUAUUCAUCCGUUAAUGAUUCUGGCAGCAUGGAACAAAAGAUAUUCAGUUCUCUACGUUCAAUAGUUUUCCUCUGGAUGUUCUGGAGACCGAUGCAGUGCUCAUGAGCACAGAGGAGUUAGUUGUUCUUUUGCAUGAUCAGCCUUUUUUCAACUGUAAAGUUUUUCCCCGAAAACAUAUAUGGAAAGUUUCCUCUCACACUAAUCUGCCUUUCUGUCACGUCUCUGGACAAUACAGUCCAGAAUGCAUUGAAGGUUGCUUUUAUCUAUUUUUAUUGUACUUUGGUACUUUUCAAAUACAGAAUGUAAAAGAUUUUUUCCAAUUAACAUGUUUCAGAGGCCAAUAACUGUCGAUGAAGGCACAAAAUUGUCAACUUUGUCUUGUCUUUGAUUGUGUACACAAUACAUACAAUGAUCGUCUCAGCAUUGGUUGUUAAAGAAAAAAACAUUACUGAAAUCACACAGUUUUUCUUUUUUUCACCAUUCAGUUACUUAAAUGUACCUUUCUAGGGUGUCACGUCACUGGACGAUAAACCGGUAAAUGUAGUGAAACUUAAAAAAAAAAGCACUUUACACUUUUUAAAAUAUGUCAAAGGUUGAAAAGUCAAUAAAAGUAGGUGGUGUUUGAUAAUGUGAUGUGUCUUUUUUGCAGAUGUUGAGACCUCGGUUUAAAGUACAAUCCUGGAAAAUAAUAACUGAUUGUUUUUUAUAUGUAAUGCAGUUCAGAUUUAAACACACAUGAUCGUUGGAAAGUGUCUCAUUGUGACUCAGAAAGAAGAAAACAGGCCGUGGUCUUACAACACGAACAUUAUUACACAGUCUGCAGCGCUCGUAAAAUGGGUCAACAGUCAUAAAUCACUGUGUCACCGUGUCACUUUUUACUGAAGAAGCCGAAUCCAUCCCAGUUUCGCCUCCUCACUCUGGACGUGUCACUUGUGUUUUGUGGGUUGAUGUCGGGUCACUGCUGCAUGUCGCCACAUCAGAACAUCAAAACUGAAGAUCAUGCCUGACAGAUCUGAAAGUUUGAUGUUUUUAUUAGCAAAAAAGAAGAAGAAGAAGAAGCAAGUUUUGUUGCUGUUAACUGUGUCCUCUUGCCAGAUCAUCAGUUCUGAGCCCGUGUUGUUUUGGCAUUCAGGAAUAUCACGGCUGACUUUAUGGGAAUCCUGUCUCCUGUUCAGUCCCAUAAAGCAGGAGACUGACCAGCGACGUGUUCUGUGUAACCAGCUGUGGACACACAGACACACACCCACUGGACAAUAAGACUGUUUAUAGAGUGUGUGUGUCCGUGUGUGUGUCCGUGUGUGGCCAGGACAACCGGGAGCCCCACAUGAGCCGGCCUGCGUCAGAGCCCUUCACACCGUACUGUGCCAAAACAACCCUCAUUGUUUCCUUGUUUUUUCAAUUCCCCACAAUUAAUGUUUGAUUUUUGGUUAAUGUUACACAGAAUCCUUUAGAGACGCGGCUUUAAAAACUGUGAAUUCAACAUCUGAGCUUUCACCUGAAGACCGUAGGGCUGUUGGAGAGGUGCUCUAGUCUGAUAAAGCAGGAUUUUUUUUUUUUUGGUUUUGUUUUCUUUGUGUGUUCUCAG